AUGACCGCCGCCUCCAUCUCCGCCUGCAGCGAAUGCCUUCUCCCACGCCGCCCCCUCGGCCAUCACGCGCCUCCGCGCCGCAGCGCCCACGCCAAGCCGUUCCCCAGACCCGCGUUCAUCCCGUCCCCGCCCGCCAGCCUCCUCUCGAAUCCCCGUGCCGUCUGCCGACCGCCGCGCGCUGACCGUGCUGCCGCACCGCGCGCGCAAUCAUCGUCGCACGACGAUCUCGAGGGACGACAGCAGCGCGACACGUGUCUAUCCCGCCGUGACGCCCUCCUCUCCCUCGCGCUGCUCCCCCCCUCCCUCUCCGCCGCGGCGCUCCUCUCCCCGUCACCGUCGCUCGCCGCGUCGCCGGCGGCCCCCGACACGACCGUGACGCACCGCGCGUUCCUCGACUUCGCCGUGUGCCCCACGGCCGUGCGCCUCGACCGCACGCUGGGCGACGACGCGCUCAUCUGCGCCGACGGCGAGCCGCUCGGGCGCGUCGUGCUGGGGCUGUACGGGCGCGCGGCGCCCGACACGGUGGCGCAGUUCGUGCGCAUGGUGGCGGGCGACGCGGGGUCAACGUACAAGGGGAGCGUGAUCCACCGCUCGCUGCCCGGGCAGUACGUGCAGGCGGGCCACCAGGGGCAGGUGGCGCGCGGGGACGUGGCUCCGCCGACGCUGCUUCCGCCGAACCGCGACACGGUGGCGGCGGCGUCGUUCGCGCUGAGCCACCUGCGGCCCGGCACGCUGUCGCUGUGCGUGGGGGAGAACAACGACGACGAGCGCGCGCGCGCGCCCGCAGCAACUACCGCAACGUGGAGUUCCUCAUCACCACGGGUGGGACUGAGGGGGAAGGGGGGAGGGGGCGGGACAAAGGGGAAACAGGGAGAGGGGAAUGGGGGCCCUGGCCCGGCCACGCAGCUGGACGGCGACAACAUCGUCUUCGGCACCGUGCUGGAAGGCAUGGAGGUGGUGGCGGCGGUGGCAGCAGUGCCCACCUUCCAGCCCAGCGACCGCAUCCGCCAGUUCAACGACUUCGCUGCUCUGCUGGGGGACGACCGCGCCGCCAAGGGCCGCGGCACGUGGAACCGCCCUCUUAAAGCCAUCGUCAUCCAGGACUGCGGGCUGCUGGAGUGA